UCCCUUUGAGAAAAAGCAAGUCACUAGUAAGUGCAGUUGCUGCAGAGAAGAUCGAGUUACCUUGAUCUACUAUUAUGGACCAAUUACUGGAUAAGGAGGUGCUGUCCAAAUCAGCAGCUGUUGAGGAAUUGUACGAUCUCGAUCAUUGGGCAAAGGAGACGGCACAUUGGAACCAGGGCAUAGACAUAUUUUUGAGCCGGUACUUCACCAUUCAUUACGAACCAGCGUCACAUGUAUAUAUACGACAACCACCCAACAAGCUCUGCAUUCUCGGACUGAGCAAGGAACAUGCUGCUGUAAAAUCAACUGGCAACAUCUCUUGUAAAUUCUUUUAUGAAAGCAAGACCAAAGGUCAGAAAGUCAAGCCCAAUACCGUCAUAUGCGAGGUCACCGUGGACGAUCAGACAUACCCUAUACUGGCCACCGUUUACGGUGAAGUGGCAGAAGUCAAUCCUCGCUUAUUGGAGGAUCCUAAUCUUAUCCGAACACAUGCACUUGAUGAAGGAUUUUUGGCCAUUAUCCGACCAAAGGAGGAAGAUUCGUCCAAACAAUUGAAAGGCUUGGUGGACCAAAAUGAAUACGAUGCCAUCAUCAACCAAAAAUAAAUCAUUCGUCAUGUACAUAAAAUACAAAUGGGAUAGAACUAAUAUAA